UCAAGAUGGGGCAAGAGGCUUGGGGUCAGGGGGCACAUCACUGUCUCCCCAGAUGUCGUUAGCGGCUUCUGCUGCUGCUGCAUGACCAUCAGGUGUGGCAACCGUCUCCACUGCAACAGCCAUGUGGAAACGGUCGACAUCACCUCCGGAUGCUGCGACAUUGGCAUCUGCUGGGUUCGGGGCCUUCCUGUCCUUUGUCGUUUUGUCGGUCGCACUGAAGUGCCUGGAUCUGAAGCUGUCUUCGUGAAGGUCCUCUCCGCGAAAGCAUCUUUUGAAGCACGGCAUGAUGAACGCGAUGCAGGCGCCGAGGUAGUUGCAUGCGCUCGAUCGGUCGGGGUCCAUGGCAUCACCGAUCGGAUACAUGAGCCUGCCUAUCACGCCUUCGGUUGCAAGAGACUUCACCGCCUUGUUGUGGAUCUGAAUCCGACACAGGGGAGACAAUGUGUCUUCGUGUGUGUGAAUGGAUGUCUUUGUACUGACGAGGAUAACGGACAGGCCCGGCCACGCGAGCAGGAUGCAGCGUUCUACCAAGGUAAUUCCAAACAUCCACGGCGAAAUGCCCGGGAACAACACCGACAAAUACCUGCCCGGCGGUGCACAAAGAGAGAGACAGAGACACUUCGCUUUGCUUCUGCAGUGUUCUGUCAGCAGACGUACAUACAUUGUUGUGACCUGCAUCCAGAACAACAAAGACGCAUUCGUUAAAUCAAACAAGGCAGCUUAGCUUUUCUUCAUUUACACAUACCAUGUCGGGCAGCAUUGACCCGGCUAUCUCCAUCUUUCGGCGCGUGGCCCGCAGGAUGCGCCUCGCCAUCAGCACGAUCUCACGACCAAAGAUAGGAAAGGCGAAGACAAGAAGGCCGUGCAACCUGCAUGCAACGAGACAGCAAGAGUCAGCGAUACGAGACACGCUUUGUUUGAUGCAUGUCAUUCUAUGUGGGCAUACACACCAGGUCAUGUUCGUGUCUGCCACGACGACGAUGACAUACGUGUAGAGCACAGCAGCCAGCCACAGCUGAGCAAGAGAUACAACGGCGACAGACACACACAGAGACAGAAGCAAUCAGCCGGUGUGACUGUGCCAGCGAGUCUGGCUCACCCGCUCAGUGCUCACCCACUGGCUCACCAUUGGCGCGAACAUGCACACGAUUGUCUUCACGAACCAGCGCUUUCGGCCCUGGGUGCACGUACGGCACACAGUCAGUCAGAUUGAUGGACCGAGGGCAGACAGGUACAUGUAUCAUAACAUCGAUCAGACAUGCUUACAUGUUUGUCGUUGAAGUAUCUCCUUCGCCAAUCGGGGAGAGCAAAGAGGACACAGAAGCACUGAACGCCAAAAAUCGGAACUGAACACGGAUGCAUGACUCAAUGUGCAGUGGUGUCUAUCGUGAUGUCGUGGGUUGUGUUGCCCACUUCCGACGAGGAAUGUGUGUGCGGGCAGGCCCGUCUCAUUCAGGAUGGCACUGAUGAUAAUGGUCACCAGAGGGCCCAGCAUCCCAGGGGCGAACCCAGCGACAAAUGUCUUCCACGUGAAUCGUUCACCGAGCAGGGCGGGGAUCCACGUCGCCGGUAACACGCCUAUCAUAAGGCGGAACAUAGGUAGAUACCCUGUGCAAAGCCAGAGCAGACAGACAGACAGGCAGACAGGAAACAGCAUUCACUUCAGUCCACACCCACACCCUUGUCGCACACCUACCCCAAAAGUAAGCCAUCUGUGUCUCCCACGCCUCCUGUGUUUUCUUCAGUGGCAUCGAGAGCCACGCCACGCCCACGAUGAUCGGAAGAAUAAACAGCAUGAACACUCGCAGGCCGAUGUGGGUCCACGGCUCCGGGACUUCCUCCCCGAACACCCACGCCAAUAGCAGGGAGGACUCACCAGACGACCGAUGGAACACAGACGUGAGUAUCUCUCUCACCGUCGAGCCUAGCGAUGCUCGCGAUGCUCUACGCACGGCGGCGUGCGCCGAAGGCGUCGUCACAGAUUUCGGCGACACGGCAGAUUUCGGAGAAGAGACGUCUGACUUGAGGGUGGCCACUGGGUGAGGUGGGGCUCCUUCGGUCCGUUUUGGGGAGAUGUCGUGGUCAACGGGCUCGUCAUCGACGUCACCGUCCACACCAGGCGUGUACUUCAUCAUUGUUCCACUCAGCGCGGAUCCUACCACCUCAACGGACUCGUCGGCGUCAUCUCGCCUGUUGACGCCUUCGGAUGGAUGCCGAGCUGGAUGCGAUUUGUCCUCCAUGGGGGCAGUGGCUCCGGGGAGGCUGAAUUGCGCGUUCAUGCAUCAGAGAAGCC